AUGGGUUUGAUCGACAAGCUCCAAGCGAAACUCGAAAUAUAUCGUCUCGAGCAGAGAUAUACCCGUCGCAAGAACCGCACCACUUACGCCACGGACGCGCAAUACGUCGACGGCGAAUACAUUUACAACUCCGACCACGACAGUCCUACCGUGUCGGCCAACUCGACGGGCAGCUCGCAACGGUCCAAGAGACAGACCGCGCUGUGGACGCCGGCUCCUCAUCGGAGAUGA